UAAUAACUACACAAAUACAAAGAUAUUUAAUUAGAUUGGACACCAUAAAAUAUUCCCAACAGCAUCCCUAAUGGUUGAAGCCCAAAAGAAAACAGGUGAUCCAACUCGUUUUCCAGAAGAUAUUGAAAGCUUGAUUGACAAAAAAGGAAUAUUCAAAAUACAGCUAAAGAAGAGAGGUGAAGAGAAUGCCUAUAAAGGUAGUAUUUCCCUUGGAGUUGUUAGUAUGAUUCGAGAUCCUAAUGUGUUGGCAAUGUAUGAAGGAAAGCAUGAGCAAUUGGUAUCAAAUGAAAGCCAUGAGUGUACUCCGGAGAAGAUUGGUUCAUGUUCAAACUUGGAAGGAAACGACAACUCGAUAAGAGAGAAGUCUACUGUUACUAAGGGCAAGGGAAAACGGAUUUCAGCUGAGAAGGAGGUUACUGCCCCCAUUGAGCUCUCAGAUUCGCCUGUUGCUUCUACACAAAGAGAGGUGGUUGUUGAAUUGGAUGACGAGAUAAAAAGGAAUCUCAAUGAUGAGUUUUCAAGCAAUGGGAAUGGAAAGAAGGUGAAGAUUAAAAUCAAGCAGGAAAAACUGUAAUUGGGGUUGCAAAGAAGUGAAGAUAACGUUUCGGUUUUUUUGUGGAAACAUCUAAUGCGGUGUUGGUUUUUUAUGGAAAAUUGUAUCAAGGGGCCGUAUGUAUUUUGGAAGUGAAACACUAUGUGUGACAGACUUCAAAUAACCUAUAUUAUGGCUAUAGUGUGGUGUGCUAAUUAGAUGCUGUUAAGUUGUGGACGUAUUAUACCUUGGUCCUCUAUAGAUUGUGUAUUUCUUGAGCAAUUGCAGGUUUUCUACAGAGAGAAGAAAUUGCUG